CCCACGUCUAUUGUCUAAACAAUUCCCAUUUUUCAAUUCAAAAAGUGGUCUACCUCCCCACUAUAGUGCGUAGGACUCCCCAAGACCAACACUCCUCUCCUACAGUGAAAGCAAAAAUGGCCUGGAAAACCCAAGAUGACCUCGAAAAUUCCGACCCACUUCAAGAUUCCGGUACCAACGAAUGGCCCUGUAAACCCAUCAUUGAAUCAUCAAGCUGGGCUACCAAAUGGCCAAACGACAGUACAAAAUCAAAACUCCAAACCCCUUUACCAACCCCUCAAGAUGAAGCCGCAAACAACGCUCAACUCCCAGCAUUACUCACAGUUUCCAAAUACUUAAACUCAACACUAAGCCAAGACGAUGAUGAAGAGUUUUCUGAGUAUAUAGGUGAAGAUGGACUUGUUUAUUUCCAAAAUGUGGAUGAGGGUUUUCAAGAUUAUGAUUUUUUUGUUAAGUUGUUUAAGGAGGAUGAUGGGUUGAGGAUGUAUUAUGAGGAAAAUAAGGAGAGUGGUGGUGUGUUUUGUUGUCUCGUUUGUUGUGGGGUUAAGGAGAAAGGGUGGAAAAGGUUUAAGGAUUGUGCGUCACUUGUUCAGCAUGCUAUAAGUAUUGCUAAGACAUCGAAAAGACGGGCUCAUCGGGCUUAUUGUAAGGUUGUUUGUGAAAUUCUUGGUUGGGAUGUUAAUAAGCUGCCUGCUAUUGUGAUUUCUGCUAGUGAUAAGUUUGACAUAAUGCAGGGGAACGCAGAUGAUGGUGGUGAAAAUUGUUUGACUGGUCAAUGCAAAUCCACAAACUCUGUAAGUAUCAGCGAUACUGAAGCGUCUCUGUCGAAAUUGUCUUUGAUUGAUGAAAGGAAACAAGGAAAAGAUGGUGGCUCCGCAGAAUUAGAGCACAAUUCUUCAAGUGGAGUCACUGCCGAUAGAAGCUUGGAAGAUCUCAGCAAAGGUACUCCUGAAACAACCAAAGAGAACACAGAGGGGGUCUUUAACUGUGUGAAGAAUUAUGAGAGCAAAAGCAAAGCUGGUGUUGAUGGACUCUUGGAAGAUCUCAGCUAUCUUACUCUUGAAACGCAGAAAGGGAAUGCAGAGGGUGCAGCUGAUUGCGUGGAACCUUCCAAGGAGUGUCCUGUUGUUACAACAGAAGAAAAAGAAAGUCAGAAGGAUGAUGACGCACAUAAAAAUCACAAAUGACAAGUCUCAGGAGUUACACAGUUAGUUGGUGAAAUGGCUUUUAAUGUCUCAAGAUGCUGAUUGUAUUUGAGAUGUCUUGUUCUAAUCUAGGUCAUGUCUUAAUUUCUACUUUUGCUUGUUUAGAUGCAUGUAGUUGGGACUUAGUUGUAUAUAGUUUUGUAUUCAGGUGGAAAACCUCUCUUAGAUGAAUGAGAAACAACGCUUGGUCUGUGAUCUAGGUGACUACUUUGUUAAAGAGACAUAUUAGUUGAUCGAAUGACAUCAUUGUUUCUUUUA